AUGAGCACCUCAAGCCCUUCCUUGGGUACAGAAGUAUACUUCUUAGAAUUCUAUUUUUACAUGGCUAGUGCUAUAAUGAUUCGAUUUAGACAUCAAUAUUCCUGCCAGUUUUCUAUAGUUACCAGUCUAUUUUAUCUUUGUGCUAUAAAGCUAGCAUUUGGUUUCUACACUGGGCCUUCAAGAGGUUUAGAAGAUAUUCAAUUUCGCUUUGAUCCUGCCAUCUUUUCAUACAAUGACAAGCUCUAUGCAUAUGGAGGCAGCUUUGGUCUCAAUAGUACAACCAAUAUUUUUACCUCCAUCUCUAUAUCAGCUGAGGGCGACUCGAAAGGAGAGAUAAUAUACGAGACAGUCCCUCAAUAUAAGCCUGGUCCAAUAUGCUCUUACUCUGAAGCCGUUAUUCUCCAAGACGGUCACACUGCACUACUUGUUACAGGAUCUGAAAAGGCUAAUAAUGACAAGAACCAGACAAUUCGUACUUAUAUGUACGAUUUCAAAAGUUCUGAUGCCUCCUGGAAAGAGAUUUUUGCAAUCAACAAUGCCACCGGACCUCCUAUACGCCUGCAUUUUACACUUACACCGGCACCUAACGGGAAAGUUUAUAUUUACGGUGGAUCAGAGCUUUAUGCUGCCCGGCAUCUUAAUGACUUUUGGUCUUUCGAUCCACUUACUCUUGAAUAUAAGAAUCUCACUUUAUCGAAUCAGCCAUAUCGGGGGGACCACACCGCAACAGCUCUUCCAAAUGGACAGAUUGUAUACAUUGGUGGUAUACAUUCAAAUACUUCUGGUGAUUACUCAUCUUAUCUAAGUCCCAAUGUACUCGAGAUAUAUGAUACAAACACAAAUGAAUGGAUAUAUAUAAAUGCAACCGGAGAGAAAUUAGCUGGUAGUUCUGGUCCGGGAUCAGUCUUAGGUAUUCUAGGAGGUACCAUGAGUGGUGUGUAUCUUAAUGAUAUUCUUUUACUGGAUACAACUACAUGGGUGUGGUCAAGACCAAACAUACCUGGGGAUUAUCCUGAUGCUAUGUACACUUUCAACAUGGGAUUUAUUGGUGAAAAUCUAUUGGCGAUUACACAUGAUAUGCUCUCAACCUUUCCUUAUAGCGAUAUAAGUGUUCUUAGCAUUGAAGACCAAAAAGCUGCUAAAUAUAAAUGGUUGAGUGGCCCAGAAGAUUUGCCAGAAUUAGAUACAGUGUCAAAUAUUCAAAGUAAAAUGACUGGAGGAGUAAUUGCAGGGAUUACUGUUGGUGCUGUAUUGCUUGUAAUUAUUUUGGGAUUCUGCAUCUGGAAAACCUCUCAAGAUGUAUAUUGCGUGCCACGGUCAUUGGGGCGCUUCAUUUGGGGCCCACGGGGUGGGGAGCCGGUAUGGAUUGAACUAUUCCGCAAACUGAUCCAAUGCAUUCUUGUAUUCCUAUUCCUGGCAUACGCGGUGUUUUCUAUUCGACAAGCUCUUAAUAGCCCAACUACCAGUAUUAUAAUCAGUACAAAAGUAUCAUCCGUGUCAAUCCCAGAUAUGAGAUUUUGCUUUGAAGGAUAUAAUAUACCAGGCGAUCCACGUACAAAAUUCGAUGAGUCGGAUGGAGUUAUAAUGACAUGUGGAUCAGACACUGGUGUUUCCUGUGAUCAAUUUAUGACAAAACUUGAUAUGAAGGUGCAUCUUCCUGUAUUUGGAGACUCUGUCACAGCAUCUGAUUGUUAUCUAUUUUCGCCUCCUAGCUGGUUCCUCUUGGGGACUACUGGUGAUGGAAACCGUAAUGGAACUAAACUUCAUAUUAAAAUGUUUGGAGGGAUACAGUUGACUGGAACCAUUCAUAUGACUCAGUACCCGCCUGGAAUGGACCCUAAUGUAAAGGUCUAUAAGAUCAACUCAACUGAUGUACCACUAGUAAUGUCUGACCAAGAUGUCAACGAGUGGGCUGUACGGGACAUGCAAGGAAAAAGCGAUUCAAAUACGUUCACGAUGUAUACCAAUAAUUCAAUGAAUUUUCAGUAUCAAAUCAAAGACCAUCAGUAUCUCACGGACAGUGGAUGGAACCAGAUAGGGUUCCUGCCCCUUUACAACCACACAUCAGAAAUUACUUCGGCAGUCCAGGCAAAUAACUUUGACAUCCAUAAAGAUAUCAGAUAUGCAGAAAAUGACCUCAUCAUAGGGUUUAUUGACCUAUACCCAGUUGACUACCUCACUAUUGUUGAACAAGAACAAAAGAUCCACACGAUCCUUAAUUCUCUUGGGUCGGUUGGUGGUAUUAUCAGUCUUAUGGCUUUUGUACAGGCUUGGAUGUUUGGAUUCCGGCCAAAUUCUCCUUGGGGUGUUGUCCAGCGCUGGUCCUGUGGAUGUAUAAAGCGGUCGUUGGGUAGAAACCUUCGAAAGAAGUUUGGGGCCUUGGAUACGCCUGUUCCGUUUGUUAGUCCUGUUAACAGCCGAUUUGUGGAUACGGAAAAGAUGCAUGGGUAUUUGCUUGACGAAAGCGAAAUUGGGUUGUUGAGAGACCAGCAAGACAGGAACUUCAAAGCCCUCCAGGAUCGACAAUAUGUAAUGGAAAGGCGGAUGCAGUUGAUGGAGCGUUUGUUAGAGUCUUAUUAUGUUGAUACCGAGGUUUUUAAAGAGCUCGAUCUGGCUAUUGGUCAUCACAAAAGGAACUCUUCUAGUUCUACAAUAGCAUGA